GCGACACAAGCCUUGGGGCGGCGGCAGCCAGUUGUAUCGCGGUUGAGGGGUUUAUCUGCACGAAGAAAAAGGAACAGCGGAAUGUGUCCCUAAGAUGGAGCAAAAAAGUCAACGGAAGAACUCAACUGAAAGGUGUUUCGGAAAACUUCAUCCUUGAAAAUGAGAAGAAUGCUAAAUGAGAAAGCAUAGUUUAAUUUUCUUUCACAUUCUCUUACUAAUUGUCAUCCUUUUGUCACACUGCAUUCCUUUCCUCUUUCUCUCUAUUUCCACUUUGUUCUCCUUUCAGGGAGUAUCGACCGUGGCCGGAGCUUGUCCUUCAAUGAGGUGCGUGGACAGCAUCAGGCAGAGAUGCGGGCCACCGGCGAAGAGUCGUCCAACAACACUGUAGGAGGUUGUGGCAGCACCGUUCUGCAGCGCCUCCUGCAGGAGCAGAUGAACUGUAAUUACGUGCUACAACAACAGAAACAACAACCAGGAGGAGCAGGGGCCGGAGCAGGUUACGCCGAUGAUCACUCUAUGAUCCCUCACAUUGCCCGUCAGGAGCCCCAAGGACAGGAGCUGCAGACGGACAACUGCAUAGAGAAACUGGGCUCAACCAAAAUAAGAGAGGGUGGGAGCAGUGUAGGAGGAGGAGGUUUAGUAACUGUGUGUGGAGGAGCACGAGGUGGCAGCAAUGGAGGUGGUGCAAGCGCCCAAGGGAAGUGCCCAAACCUGGAGGACCUCCCAACGUACGAAGAGGCCAAAGUGCAGUCACAAUACUUCCGUGGGCAUUGUCCUCCUCCUCAGCCACAGAACAAUCAGCCACAGCAGCCCCACCCCCCCCCUUCAGCAGGCACUGCCUUCUACGCCACAGGGCUUAGCGGUGCCAAGGUGCGCACCGAGGGUCGUCCGAUGGUGCAGCGAGUCAGUGGAACAGGAAGGGUGCACCAGGAUGAUGCGCUGAAGGAUCUGAAGCAAGGCCAUGUUCGGUCUCUCAGUGAAAGACUGAUGCAACUUUCCUUGGCCACCAGUGGGGUUAAGGCCCACGCUCCUGUCACCAGCGGCCUGCUCUCCCCACAGAUGCCCCGGCAAGGGCCGCCAGGCGACCACUACAAGCCGCAACACAGGGGUCCACCUCCUGACUACCCCAACAAAGAAGUAGGCUCUCCUACCAAGCAACAGGAGCCUGGAGGUCAAUUUUACCAGGAGCAGAAAGGGAGGGAGCACUCAAGGGAGGUGCACCACGUCAGAUACCAGCCCCCGCCCGAGUACGGUUCGUUGAGGUCCAGUAAAGGGAGUUCUAUUUUCAUCCAGAGGCCUCUUCAUCAGCACAGUCCCACCUCCUCUGUCACCUCUGUGGGCUCCUUGUCCCGCACCCAGUCCUCCACCCUAAGCAGCAUGCACAGCGCAUCCCACUCCUCCCAUUUCUCUCUCCCUAACCAACACCCUCACAGCCAGGGAGAGCCCUUCCCUAGUAUGGGGCUCAAUAGUCCGCAGAGUCCCAGCUCCCACCUAGCAGGCAAGCCCGUCAACAUAGGGCCCCUUCAGCAGACACAUCCAAGAACUCUCGGUUUACCUCAUGACCCCUACGGCUCCACACCCAGGAUGCAACAUCAGUAUCAUCAAUAUCAACAACAGCAGCAGCAGUUCCAAAGACCUCCCCCUCCUCAGCCCCAGACCCCAGUCCAGGCUGGACAUUUCCCUCACCCAUACUCCUACUACCCCCUUCAAGGGAAGCCGUUCAGCAUGAUGGUGCACUCCCACCAGAUGGUGGAUGUGCUAAAUGAGGAGAACAGAAUGCUAAGGCAAGAGAUGGAGGCCUGCCACGAGAAAGUCACAAAGUUGCACAAAUUGGAAACAGAGAUCCAGCUUGUGUCAGAGGCAUAUGAAAAUCUUGCCAAGUCUUCAUCCAAGAGGGAAGCACUGGAGAAAACCAUGCGGAAUAAACUGGAGCUGGAGUUGCGACGGCUGCACGACUUCAACAGAGACCUCCGAGAACGCAUGGAGACGGCCAAUAAGCAGCUCACUGCUAAGGAGUAUGACUGCUCAGAGGACAACCACAAAACCAUCUCCCAGCUGCUUGUACAGAACAAAGAGACGAUCCGUGAGAGGGAGAAGCUGGAGAUGAAUUUGAAUGCGCUACGUUCCACCACAGAGGAGCAGAGAAGACACCUUGAGAUCCGAGACCAUGCACUUAACAACGCCCAAGCCAAAGUGGUGAAGCUUGAGGAGGAGCUUAAGAAAAAGCAGGUCUAUGUGGAAAAGGUGGAAAGGAUGCAGCAAGCUCUGGCUCAGCUCCAGGGGGCAUGUCAGAAGAGGGAACAACUUGAGCAUCGUCUCCGUAUUCGACUGGAAAGAGAGCUUGAGUCACUACGCAUGCAGCAGCGACAGGGAGGCACUCAAAGCCGUGGUGCAGUGCCGUCAGAGUACAAUGCAACAGCGCUGAUGGAGCAGUUGAGGGAGAAGGAGGAGCAGAUCCUGGCUCUGGAGGCUGACAUGACCAAAUGGGAACAGAAGUACUUGGAGGAGAGUGUAAUGAGGCAAUUUGCCCUGGACGUUGCCGCGUCUGUCGCCACUGAGAGGGAUACAUCUAUAGCAGUAAUGAGCCAUUCUCCAAGCAGCAGCUAUGACACAUCGGUGGAGGCUAGAAUCCAGAAGGAAGAAGAGGACAUUUUCAUGGCCAAUCGGCGCUGUCUGGACAUGGAAAGCAGAAUAAAGAACCUCCAUGCUCAGAUCAUAGAGAAAGAUGCUAUGAUCAAGGUGCUUCACCAGCGCUCUAGGAAGGAGCCGAUCAAGUCAGAUGCACAAUCUGCCAUGAGGCCCACCAAGUCCUUGAUGUCCAUUUCCAAUACUAGCUCCGGUGGUUCAGGAGUGCUCGCUCACAGCCUGGGCCUCCGUACCUCCCCCAUCACCAAAGAACGCAAGGACACCAGCUGGAAGGGUAGCCUGUCAGGUCUGCCGGGUUACGAGUUUCGUACAGAGUCUCUCCGGACGGGGUCAAUCUCGUCAUCUCCCUCACCAGUGCUUCCUUCCACCCCCAUGACUGCAGGACACUCGAAGACAGGCAGCCGGGAUAGCUGCACGCAAACCGAAAAAGGACAGAGUCAGGACACCAGCAAGAGCAUGACGCUGCCUGCUUGCCUGUUCAGCUCCAGCCCAGUCUACAUCCCUGACCGCAUAGCAGAUGGGCCAGUGUUUCAAAGUAACACCUUGGAACGAAGGCUCCCCCUCCAGUCCCAUCCACAUCAACAGGCCUCUGCUACAGCCACACCGACCCAACAGGAAGUGGAAAAAGAAAUGGUGGAGAUCCUCAUCUGACCGUGACUUCUAGAAAAAAAUAUCUGUCAUCACAAACCGAGCACCAAACAUCUAAUCUAAAUCAGCUUGGCUUAGCAUGAACACAUUCGCUGUUUCACUAAUUCAUAUGAAGAAACAUUUUAAUACUUUGAUGUGCAUUCAAUCCAACACAUCUGACUGGAGAUUUUACACAUUUCAUUAAUUCCUUCACUAAAUCAACCUAGCAGUCGGAAGCAAAAAGCUGUGCCACGUCUCAUCUUUAGCAGUCCCCACAGUUGUAUAAUAUGACGUAGCCAAUGGAACCUUUAUAUGUAGCAACUUUAUGAUGCUUUUGGCACCUUUUUUUACAAUGAUGACGUUUAAGCUUGAUUAUUGCAGAUAAACACAUUUUUUUUAUCAAGUUGACCAACUUCUAAUUAAUGUGGUGAAAAAAUAAAUAGGCGAACUUGACACUCCAUGUCUUCCAUUUCAAAUUCAUUAUGUAAAGCAUACACACAAACAAAUCCCCAAAUACAUGUUUUGCUUCUACAUUUAAAGUGAAGGAACUUCUUGACCUGGAAACAGUUUAGGUUUAGGACACAACUACAUAUAACCUUGACACAUCAUAGAGACAUGUAAACACUCCAAUAGUGUUUCUAGACGCAGGUUGGACCAAAGCUAUCUAUAACCGUAUUGUUGCAUAUAUUGCACUACUUCAUGGAUUAUUGUUUUUUCUAUAUUACUUUAAGAUGUCUGAUACAGUAUUUAAGUGCAAUUGUUUUAAUUGUUUAGACAUGGCACUAGUGUAAUGAAAAAUUAUAUCUGUAAAACGUUCUUAACUAUUUACGUACUGUAAUGGCCUGUUUGGAACUUUGUGCUAUGGAGGGAUCUGAGGGCUGAGCCUUUGAUCUGUUACGUUUCAGGAGUGAUUGAAUUUCUGAGUAGCCUUUCUGACAGAAGACCUGUUUUACUUAAUGAUUUGACCCAGUAGCGCUGUAUUCUACUGGCACAAGCAUCAUAUAUGAGUACCUGUGUUCUUCCAACUAGUUUUUGCAGCUCCUGUGACUUGUUGAUUUCAGGCUGAAAAGGUCCCAGAAUUCAAAUGUAAAACCUGUAUCAUGCAUUACAAAGCAAAUUCAACAUUUCCUGGGUAUGUUUUGGGUAAUCUGACUUUACGGACUAACAACAAAGAUCUCGCUGAAAUCAACACAGUCGCAAAAGGCAGGAAAAACUGCUUGCUAUAAAUUGCCUUUUGUGUGGUUGCCAUGGUUUCUUGUGCAUUAAUACAAAAGGAAACACAAUUAUUUCUGAAUAUAGGAACGGGAAACAUUGAUAUCUUAAAUGCUGACAUGGUGUUGGAGAUCUAUCUUGCCGUUAACAAUGUCCAUGCACGUAUGAUUUUACCUCCUACCACACGGAUUUUUCAGUUCAGAAAACUUUCUCCUCUUUCCCUAGCCAAACAAAUUACGUGAGGCAACUGGCUACAUCACUGGGUCAGAUGCAAUGGUUAAGGUAGCUUGCCCUGAAAUUUAAGUGGAAGCGGACAGAGCGUGCUCCAGUCUGGUUUUGGCUGCUGCUAGCUCACUUUGGGGAUGCACGUAUACAUGGCCGAGCAUAGGUCUGGUCCUUUGCUCCGCUUCCAAUGGCGCCACCUGUGGUCCACCCUGUCCCCUGGCUUGGAGCUACGAAGGACCUCUUCUACAGAUGGCAAGGCAUUUUUCACCUGUGAAUAAAGUGCUAUCUUAAAAGUU